CCGCUCUCGAGGCCGCCGCCGCCGCCGCCGCCGCCGUCGCCGUGCGGAACCCGAGCAGGAGCCACGGCCGAGAAGAGGGAGGAGGUGGAGGAGGAGGUGGAGGAGGCGCCGGACCGGGGGGAUUGUCAGUAUUUAAACAGACCACAUCAUGCGUGAGUACAAGCUAGUGGUCCUUGGUUCAGGAGGCGUGGGGAAGUCCGCUCUGACAGUUCAGUUUGUUCAGGGAAUUUUUGUUGAAAAAUAUGACCCAACGAUAGAAGAUUCGUACAGAAAGCAAGUUGAAGUAGAUUGCCAACAGUGUAUGCUCGAAAUCCUGGACACAGCGGGAACGGAGCAAUUUACAGCGAUGAGGGAUUUGUAUAUGAAGAAUGGCCAAGGGUUUGCACUAGUAUAUUCUAUUACAGCUCAGUCCACGUUUAAUGACUUACAGGACCUGAGGGAACAGAUUUUACGGGUUAAGGACACAGAAGAUGUUCCAAUGAUUUUGGUUGGCAAUAAAUGUGACCUGGAAGAUGAGAGAGUAGUUGGCAAAGAACAGGGUCAGAAUUUAGCAAGACAGUGGUGUAACUGUGCCUUUUUAGAAUCUUCUGCAAAGUCAAAGAUCAACGUUAAUGAGAUAUUUUAUGACCUGGUCAGACAGAUAAAUAGAAAAACACCAGUGGAAAAGAAGAAGCCUAAAAAGAAAUCAUGCCUUCUGCUUUAGACCCACAGUGAGCAGCAGCUCUGAGCCAGAUUACAGGAAUGAAGAACUGUUGCCUAAUUGGGAAGUGCCAGCAUUCCAGACUUCAAAAAUUAAAUCUGAAGAGGCUUCUCCUGUUUUAUAUAUUAUGUGAAGAAUUUAAAUCUUAUAUUGGUUUGCACAAAUUCCCUGGAGAAAAAAAAAAAUUGCUCUGUGUAUAUCUCUUGGAAAAUAAGACAAUAGUAUUUCUCCUUUGCAAUAGCAGUUAUAACAGAUGUGAAAAUAAAUAUACUUGACUCUAAUAUGAUCAUACAAAAGAGCAUGGAUGCAUUUCAAAUGUUAGGUAUUGCUAGUAUAAUCAGAUGAUUUCAUACUGACCUUUUUAUCAUGAUUCCUCCCUGUCAAGAACUCAAAGUUGAACCAUUAUACUUUAUAUCUGUAAUGAUAUAGAUUAUGAAAUUUCCCCUCAAACUCAUUGCAGCAGAUAACUUUUUGAGUCAUUGACUUCAUUUUAUAUUUAAAAAUUAUGAAAUAUCAUUCUGUCAUUAUAUUCUAAUUAAAAUUGUGCAUAAUGCUUUGGAAAAAUGGGUCUUUUAUAGGAAAAAAACUGGGAUAACUGAUUUCUAUGGCUUUCAAAGCUAAAAUAUAUAAUAUACUAAACCAACUCUAAUAUUGCUUCUUGUGUUUUACUGUCAGAUUAAAUUACAGCUUUUAUGGAUGAUUAAAUUUUAGUACAUUUUCA